GAGAUAUUGGUUGGCGCCACACAGUUCUCCUGUGCUGUGUGCAAUAAGACUUUCAACCGGUUUAAUAAUAUGCAGAUGCACAUGUGGGGACAUGGAUCACAAUACAGAAAAGGCUCCGAUUCUCUGCGCGGAGCGACAGCAAAGGUAACUCCAGCUUCCAUGAUGCGGCUUCCAUGCUACUGCUGUGCCGAAGGUUGCAAGAACAAUAUCGAUCACCCGCGGUCUCGUCCACUCAAGGACUUCAGAACCCUACAAACUCACUACAAGCGCAAACACGGCGCCCGUCCGUUUGCUUGCCGGCGCUGCGGGAAAACGUUCGCCGUGCGCGGGGAUUGGCGCACGCACGAGAAGAAUUGCGGGAAGCUAUGGUUCUGCAUCUGCGGGUCUGAUUUCAAACACAAGCGGUCGUUAAAGGAUCAUGUGCGGUCGUUUGGCGGCGGUCAUGCGCCGCAUAUUGUUGAGUCGAUGCUUGGUGUUGGAGAGGAAGGGGAGGAGGAGGAGGAGGAUGAUGAUGACGAUGGCGAUGAAGGGGAGGAGGAAGGGAAAGGUGAUAGUGGAGAUAUGGCGCCUUGAGAGAUGGAAAAGAAUAGACUUUAUGAUUUCCCAUUGAAAUUAUUAUUAAGAGUGUUUCUUAUGUUGAAUAGGGACUUAAUAGUAAUGGCAUGGACGAGCUUAAAAAAUUAUUUGGAAUUUGGUUAUUUAAUUAA